GAACAUCUUUUUUACGUUCAGUACUUUCAUCUUGCCCCUUCAAAGGCUUCUUCAGGUCUAUAGUCCUUCCAACCUGCCAAAAUUGAAAUACCUUUGAAUUGAUCUUCCUCUGAAUCUGCUUGCGUGAAUCGUCACCACACAUUUAUAAAGAUAUAUUCCAGUGUGCAGAGGAAGCUCUAUCAAUUUUCUCAAAACUCAUGGCUAUAUCAAUUAUCUUGCUCUUUCUGCCUUUGAUUUUCUUCUCUUCAUUUUCAUCUUCAACAAUUGACAGAUUAAGCGGAGCCUCAUCUUUAUCAGUGGAACAUGCAGACGAUGUUUUGACUUCGCCGAAUGGCGUUUUCUCGGCGGGGUUUUUCCCCGUCGGAGAUAAUGCUUACUGCUUUGCUAUAUGGUUUAGGGAGCCAUAUAGUGAAGGCAACCGCACCAUUGUUUGGAUGGCAAACCGUGACGAACCAGUUAACGGAAGAAAGUCCGAGCUUUCUCUACGUAAAUCGGGUAAUGUCAUCAUUACCGAUGCUGGCCGUCUCACUGUUUGGUCCACAGACACUGUUUCAGAAUCCUCUGUGUUUCUAUACCUCCAUGAAAAUGGUAAUCUUAUACUACAAAACUCGGAAGGUGGUGUGCUUUGGCAAAGCUUCGAUUCUCCGACAGAUACUCUACUUCCUCAGCAACUACUCACCAAGGAUAUGCAGCUUGUUUCAUCUAGAAGCCAAGGGAACUAUUCUUCAGGAUUCUAUAAGCUUUAUUUUGACAACGAUAACGUUCUCCGUCUUCUGUACGGAGGUCCUGAAAUCACCGUUUAUUGGCCGGAUCCGGAGCUUAUGAGCUGGGAAGCUAGCAGAGUCCAGAGAAUAUUGAAACUAGAUUUCGAUGGUAAUAUUCGGCUAUACAGUCAAAAAUACAGGAUGGACAAGUGGACUGUUUCAUGGCAAGCCAUGUCUCAACCUUGCAGGAUUCACGGGACUUGUGGACCUAACAGUAUUUGUAGCUAUGUUCCUCACUUUGGUAGGAAAUGUUCAUGCCUUCCAGGAUUCAAGAUCAGGGAUCGUACGGACUGGUCAAUGGGUUGUGUACAAGAAUUCAAUCUCACUUGUACCAGAAACGAGACAGGUUUCCUUAAGCUGUCUAAUGUUGAGUUUUUUGGCUACGACUAUGGCUUCUUCGCCAAUUACACCUUCGGAAUGUGUGAAGACUUGUGCUUGCAGAUAUGUGACUGCAAAGGAUUCCAGUUCAAGUUCAUCAAGCACGCCCAUCCCAGUAACAUUCCUUAUUGUUACCCAAAGACACAGUUGUUGAAUGGGCAUCAUUCACCAAAUUUCGAAGGAGACAUCUAUCUGAAGGUGCAAAAAACCUUGCCUAUUCAAGAAAUUGGGUUAGAUUGCUCCAGCACAGUUGUCAAGCAGCUGAACAGAACAUACACAAAACACCAAGAAAAUGCAUCACUAAAGUUUGUUGUUCGGUUUGCGAUGGUAGUUGGAUCGGUUGAGCUCGGUGUCAUUUUCAUAGUGUGGUGUUUUUUUAUAAGAACUCACCGGAACUCAAGCGCAGGUACGCAAAAUUACCACAGAUUUACCACUGGCUUCAGAAAAUUCACCCUUUCAGAGCUAAAAAAGGCGACUCAAGGAUUUAGCAAAGAGAUUGGAAGAGGUGCUGGAGGAGUUGUUUACAGGGGGAUGUUAUCUGAUCAUAGAAUAGCAGCCGUUAAGCGACUGAAUGAUGCUUACCAAGGAGAAGCAGAGUUCCAGGCAGAAGUUGGCACAAUUGGGAAACUUAAUCACAUGAACUUGACAGAGAUGUGGGGAUAUUGUGCAGAAGGAAAGCACAGGCUUUUGGUAUACAAGUACAUGGAGCAUGGAUCCUUGGCAGAACAACUCUCUUCCAAUUCACUUGGUUGGGAAACGAGGUUUGACAUCGCAGUAGGGACUGCUAAAGGCCUUGCUUAUUUACAUGAAGAAUGCCUAGAGUGGGUUUUACAUUGUGAUGUAAAGCCUCAGAACAUACUUCUCGACAGCAACUACCAGCCAAAGGUGUCAGAUUUUGGAUUAUCUUGGCCACUAAAAAGAGGUAGCCAAGUUAACAAAGGCUUCUCAAAGAUAAGAGGAACUAGAGGUUACAUGGCUCCGGAGUGGGUUUACAAUCUGCCCAUCACCUCCAAAGUGGAUGUUUAUAGCUAUGGCAUGGUAUUGCUGGAGAUGAUCAGUGGAAAGUGUCCAGCAGAGGAGAUAGAGAACAGGAGGCUGGUUACAUGGGUGAGAGAAAAGAUGAAGCAAGCUACUGAAAUGAGCUCUUGGAUAGAAAUGAUCAUAGACCCCAAAUUGGAAGGAAAAUAUGACAAGGGUAGGAUGGAAAUCCUGUUUGAGGUGGCUCUAAAAUGUGUGGCUGAAGACAGAGAUGCGAGACCAACAAUGAGCCAAGUAGUUGAAAUGCUUUUGCACCAGGAAAAUGAUUCUGAACUUGUCUAAUCCGCUGUAAGCAUAUAAUAGUCUUAAUUCGUGUGUCCUCUAAGCAUGUAUGUCUGUGUUUCUGUGUGUGUUAGUACGAGGUAGUGAUCUAUGUAUUUUCUUCCAGUCAGAAUAGUAGUUUAUGCUUUCCACAAGAAUAAUAGUAUAUGCUGUCGUCGUGCACUA